AUGCUCGGAGGGUUUGUUCACGAAUGUGGAGAGAGGAGGGGGAUUACGGCAGCUGAUACGGAUCCUGAGUUGUGCGAAGAAGGUCGCGCUGCGGAAGCGCGAAAAGGGUGCGGGAAAAAGGGGCGGAAAGGUGAAGGGGCCCCCGGCGGGCAGCCCCAGGCCAGUUCGAGAAACCCACCAGAGGGGAAGUGUGUCCUGUGCGCGCUCGAAAAUUCCCUGCCUUCGACGCGCGCGCUGCAGUUCGUGCUGGAGAAGCUGGUGCGCGCGGAGCAGGGGGACAAGCUCGUCCUGUUCGAGGCGGCCAAAGCAGUAGACCAUCACGACGACCCCGCAACUGCCUUCAAGUCCGACCCCGAGUUGUGCCUGCAACAGGAGCACCUCGAGCGGCAGUGCCGGAGCUACCUGGAGAACUUGCGGGAAGGCCUCGGCAAGGCAAGUGGCAGACCUCGGCAAUUGAUCACGACCGAAGUGGUGGUCCAGAAAGGCGACCCCCGGCAGCUGAUCCCCGACUACGUUGCCGAGCACGAGGUGGACAUGGUCGUGGUCGGGGCGCGAGGCCUGGGCAAGUACAAGAGCCUCAUACUCGGCAGCGUAAGCGCGCACCUGGUGAGGCCCUGCCCGGUGCCCGUUCUGGUCGUCCCCAGUAAUCCCAAGAACCAAAAGGACCGACGUCCGGACGCUUCAAAGCCGCCGACCUCAGAUACGUAG